UACCCACCCACCCACCCCCUGUCACCCACCGCCUCUCCCCGCGUAGCCCACGGUAAAGUACGACGAGCAACCGCUCUGGGUGACGUCUACCGGCGGAUUGCUACACCCCUACCAGCUGGAGGGCCUCAACUGGCUGAGAUUCUCCUGGGCGCAGGGCACGGACACCAUCCUGGCCGACGAGAUGGGAUUGGGCAAAACGGUGCAGACUAUCGUGUUCCUGUACUCACUCUACAAGGAGGGCCACUCCAAGGGGCCCUUCCUCGUCAGCGCCCCCCUCUCCACCAUCAUCAACUGGGAGCGUGAGUUUGAGGCCUGGGCCCCAGGCUUCUAUGUCGUCACUUACACGGGCGACCGCCACAGCCGCGGGGUCGUGCGGCAACAUGACUUCUCCUUCGACGGCGGUGUCGGACGCGCCGGCAAGAAGCCCUUCCGCAUCAAGAAGGAGGCACGGCUCAAGUUCCACGUUCUCCUGACGUCCUACGAGCUCAUCACCAUCGACCAGGCCGUGUUGGGCUCCAUCCACUGGGCUUGUCUCGUUGUGGACGAAGCUCACAGGCUGAAGAACAACCAGUCUAAGUUUUUCCGCAUCCUCAAUGGCUACCACAUCGACAACAAGCUGCUACUGACGGGAACUCCGCUCCAGAACAACUUGGAGGAACUCUUCCACCUCCUCAACUUCCUCACACCGGACCGCUUCAACAACCUGGAUGGCUUCCUGGAGGAGUUUGCAGACAUCUCUAAGGAGGAGCAGAUCAAGCGUCUCCAUGACCUGCUUGGCCCGCACAUGCUCAGGCGCCUCAAGGCGGACGUCUUCAAGAACAUGCCGUCCAAGACGGAGCUCAUCGUCCGCGUGGAGCUCAGCUCCAUGCAGAAGAAGUACUAUAAGUACAUCCUGACGCGCAACUUCGAAGCGCUGAACACGAAGGGUGGAGGGAACCAGGUGUCACUGCUGAACAUCAUGAUGGAUCUGAAGAAGUGUUGUAACCACCCUUACCUGUUCCCCAUCGUCGCCAUGGAGGCCCCCACCACAGUGGGGGGAAUGUUUGAUGGUGGAGCUCUGACCAAGGCAGCGGGGAAGUUGGUGCUGCUACAGAAGAUGUUGCGAAGACUCCACACAGAUGGACACAGGGUUCUGAUAUUCUCUCAGAUGACCAAGAUGCUAGACCUUCUGGAGGACUUCCUGGAGUUUGAAGGCUACAAGUACGAACGCAUUGACGGUGGAAUCACGGGCGCCCUGCGGCAGGAAGCCAUCGACAGAUUCAACGCCCCAGGUGCACAGCAAUUUUGUUUCCUCCUGUCCACACGUGCCGGGGGACUGGGAAUCAACCUGGCGACAGCUGACACGGUGAUCAUCUACGAUUCUGACUGGAACCCCCACAACGACAUACAGGCCUUCAGCCGUGCCCACCGCAUCGGCCAGUCACGCAAGGUGAUGAUUUACCGCUUCGUGACGCGUGCCUCCGUGGAGGAGCGCAUCACGCAGGUGGCCAAGAAGAAGAUGAUGCUCACUCAUCUCGUGGUGAGGCCCGGCCUGGGCUCCACCAAGACCGGCUCCAUGAGCAAGCAGGAGCUCGACGACAUCCUCAAGUUCGGCACCGAGGAGUUGUUCAAGGCGCAGAACCAGGGCGACACCCACGGGGGCGGCAGUGCGUCGUGUCUGGGCAGUGAAGAGAGUAGCGUCAUCCACUAUGACGAGGCAGCCAUCAAUCGCCUGCUAGACCGCGGGCAGGACUCGGGGAACGACGAGCCGGAGCCACAGGGCAUGAACGAGUACCUCUCGUCGUUCAAGGUGGCUCGCUACAUCGUCAAGGAGGACGACCAGGAGGAGGAGGAGGUGGAGCGUGUGAUCAUCAAGCAGGAGGAGACGGUGGACCCAGACUACUGGGACAAACUGCUUCGCCACCACUACGAGCAGCAGCAGGAAGACCUCGCCCGCAACCUGGGCAAGGGCAAGCGAGUUCGCAAGCAGGUCAACUACAACGACGCAGCGCAGGAGGAUCCAGAGUGGCAUGACGACUUGUCGGACAAUCAGUCUGAGUACUCCGCUGGCUCCGAGGAGGAGGAUGAAGACUUUGACGAGAGACCGGACGGCCGCAGGCAGAGUAAGCGUCAGCUGCGUAACGAGAAGGACAAACCCCUCCCCCCACUACUCGCCAGGGUGGGCGGCAACAUCGAGGUGCUGGGCUUCAACGUGCGUCAGCGCAAGGCGUUUGUGAACGCCAUCAUGCGCUACGGGAUGCCUCCACAGGACGCGUUCAGCGCCCACUGGCUCGUCAGGGACCUCAGGGGGAAGAGCGAAAAGGAAUUCCGGGCCUACGUGUCUCUCUUCAUGCGUCAUCUGUGCGAGCCGGGCGCGGACGGUGCAGACACUUUCGCCGACGGAGUUCCCCGUGAGGGCCUCUCCAGGCAGCACGUGCUCACCCGCAUCGGAGUGAUGUCGCUCGUCCGCAAGAAGGUGCAGGAGUUCUCCCACGUUAAUGGGAGGUGGAGCAUCCCGUCGCUCGCCAUUGAGCGGAGUCGCCCACCGCUCGCUCCACCCCAACCCCUUUCGUCCGCUCCGCCGAGUCAACCCGCAACCCCCGGCCCUGGAGAUCGUCCCGCCGUCCCCGCCCCUCCCGACUUGGCCCCCGCCCCCGCGGUUGCCGUGGAAACCGGGGCGGGCGCCCCCGCGGUUGCCGGGGCGACCGUCGAGGGGGAGGGGCCGGCGGAGGGGGCGGGGCCCGUAGCUGUCGAGGGGGCGGGGGAUGGCCGGAUGGGG